AUGCGUCUCUCCAACCUCUCGUUCUUCGUCCAGGCUCUACUGUUGACUGCGGUCGCAGCCCAGAGUGCUGGUGUUUCCAACCCCGUGCAGGAUGUCACAACUGAUACCACUUCAUCCUCCACCUCCGUGCCUGAAACCACAUCGACUACAUCCUCCACAUCAUCUUCAGAGACUACUUCUGAGGAAUCAACUACUAAAGCCGACCCUACUACCACCACGACUUCUUCUUCCUCCAGCGAGCCUACAACCGAUCCCGCCACCACCGAUCCUACCACCUCACCCGAGCCCUCGUCCACUCCGGAGCCUACCGUCACUUCAACCACUUCUAAGAAGACUGACCCCGCCUCUAAGACAAGUACCGAGGGCGAUAACACCACUUCGUCCAAGACCACCACCACCCAGACCCCCGUCGUGAAGACCAUCACCUCCUACGCGACCAGCGAUGGAUCCACCAUCGCCAACGUGAUGACUACCACCUCCACCCCCGCCAGCGAGCCCUCUCUUAAUGGCGACAAGGGCUCCGGCUCUAGCGGCGUGUCUUCUUCGGACAAGAAGAUCAUCAUCGGUGUCGUCGUGGGUGUCGGUGGUGCCAUCCUUAUCGGUGCCGUGGGCUUGGUCUUCUGGAGAAUCCACAAGAAGCGCAGUGAGCAAUAUGGCGAUGAGGACGAUCUCAUGGGCGGCACUGCUGUCGGCUCCGGUCCUCGCGAGAAGGCCCCCAGCCCGGCCGGCAACACCCCCUUCAAGAACACACUAGACCAGUAUCACAACCCUGGUCCUGUCAACGCGGCAUCUAACUUCUAA